AUGGACAUCGGCAUCACUCUUGACGAGGAGGUAGCUGGACCAUCCUCGCUUUCAUUGCCAGUCAUCCCUCAGUCAGAUUUAGAGCAGGUCGCCCAGACCAUCCUUCAAUUGUAUGACCCGGCUACCUCGUCCAAUCCGCAGCUAGUCAAAGAAAUCGAGACGGGACUGCAGGAUCUGCAGCAUCGCCCGGAGGCGUGGGGACUCCUCAAUGGCCUUGCUGGUCACCCCGAAGCUAGUGUGAGGUUCUUUGCCGUCAACACAACUCAGCACAAGAUUGCAUCCGACUGGAACUCAUUACCGGAUGAGUUGCGCCCCGUCCUUCUCAAUCUUCUCCUCCAGACGCUACAUAACUCUGUCGACCCCUCCACCUCUCACUAUUAUGAAUCAGCAAAUGCCUUGGUAACACGAAAGCUCUUUGUAGCGGUACGUACACGCACGACUUGUCUGACUGUGCUCAUUCAAAUAAUUUACCAGAUUGCCUCUAUCCUUCUUCGAAUAGAACUCGCACAGUUCCAACACCCCAUAAAAACUGUCCUUGAGCUGCUCCAAGGAUCCUUACAUGCCUCGCGAGCGUCUAUCCCGCCCCAAAACCUCCCAGAGAUCGAGCUCAAGACGCGGUUGCUGGAAUUGGAAUGGUGUGGUAUAUUCAUUGAGGAGAUGGGGCGAGCUGGAUUGACUGAACAAAGAAGGACCGCCAUCCGUAAUCAUAUCGAACUCGACCGUGGUAUCGUAUUGAACACCAUCAUCCGAUCCAUGUCGAUAGAUGGCUCUGCUUCACCGGAAAAACAGAGUCAAGAAGCGACUGCCGCGUGCAGGUGUGCUGAAAGCUGGAUAGGAUGGGGAUUGGAAGCAGACAAUUUGCAUACUCUAGUGCCAAAUCUCUAUACGCUACUUCCUCUCCCCCAAGCGUCUUCCACGAUAGUCGAGGUCCUUUCUGAGAGUAUCUGGAAAUAUGGCAAAGGCACAAAGAUGUUGACCGAACCUUUGAUCGAAUGGACCAUUGGUGCACCUGGUCAAGCACUUGUUCGUGGUGAACCCACGGACGAGCUUAUAGCCUUUUCUAAACUCAUCGCCGCCCUGAUAGAACAUUCGUCAGACUGGUUCUUGGCUCAUAUAUAUGAGGACCAAGUGCAGGCAUUCUUGGGCGUUGUUUUGAGGAUCACAGGAUGGCAGGGGACAGGUGGUGUUGAAGAAGAAGUCAGCCAACUCACUCUUCCUGUCUAUUCUCUACUGCAAGAGUCCCUCAUGGACUCUGAUCUUUUCCAAGCACCACACGAAACAGAUCCUUCCUGGCAGAUCGCCAAGCAGUUUUUCUCUGAGCUCGUGUCCGUCACUCGCCGUAAAGUCCGCUGGCCUGGGAAUGGAGAAGUCCCUACCGGAGAGGAACUAGGGGAUAUGGACAACGACGAUCGGGAGGCGUUUGAUGCGUGGCGGAGGGACGCAGGGGAGGUCAUCGUCAGCGGUUAUUACGUGCUGAGAGAAGAGAUGAUGAGGAAUCUGACACAGAUUGCCGCUCAGCAGGUGCAAAGCGGGGCAUCUUGGCAAGAUAUCGAAGCUACCAUCCAUUGCAUCAGAUACUCUUCUGAAGCUGUUCCCCUGGGUGAAGGCGAAAAUCUACCUGUGUUAUUUGGAGAUCAGGUUCUGGGCUUGCUUGCACUUCGCCAGGGGAACGGGCCAGGGGAGAAUCGACUACGGCUGACUGUUGUCUGCUUGAUUCAGUCAUACGAAGAAUGGUUCAAAUACCACCCUUCCCACCUUCCUCUCGUUCUCUCGUACCUCGUACCUUCGCUCACCUCUCAAAACCUCGACAUCUCGCGUUCAGCAGCAUCUGCCUUCAAGGCCAUCUGUGAUAUGUGCCGCAAGAAUUUAGUAGAGCACAUCGGGGCCUUUGCGGACCUACAUGGCAAGAUCGGGGGCAUGAAAGACGAGGAGCAGGUCAUGGUCAUCCAGGGAAUUACCAGCGUCAUUCAGGCAUUGCAAGCCGCCGAUGCUAUAGGUCCGGUCGAAGGCAUACUCAUGCCUAUCAUUGAACGCAUAUCAGUAGCCACGUCAGCAUCGCAGUCAAAUCCAAUCGAAGCCCAACCUGUUCUGGUACAAGCCCUCAAUUCUCUGACGUCAGCUUUCAAGGGCCUGUCCCCGUCUGAUGAUGAUAUGUUUGACACUUCGGAUGACCCCGCGGUGAAAGAAGAGGAGGUGGCUGUUUCCCGGGAAGAUCCGAGAAUUGUGGCUCUUCGAGAGAGGAUCUACCUCUCGGUGGAAGGAGCUGUGGGAGUCUGGAAUGGAGAUGUGGAGGUGGCAGAUGCCCUCUCCUCCCUAUUGAAAAACGUCUCGCAAAAACCUCCAACUCUUAUAUCCCUCCCUCCUCUACCUUUGUUAAAUCUGGUCACCCUCGUAGGCUGGCGUGCCCCUUCGGCCCUUUGGUUUAGCAUUGCAUCGACCCUCAUUCUGAGCAUCAGUGCUCCUCCGUCUUUCUUCUCUAAGAAGAAGAAGGACAUGUCCACGGAGGAAGAGGAUGUGAGGAAGACAGUGGAAGAGGAGGAAAAAUGGCAGACGGUGGGGAAUGCUGGCGGGCGACUGGUCGAGGCGGCGCAGAUGGCGUUUCAGGGUGAAGGUAUGAAGGAGCAUCCCGACAUUGUCGAAGGAUGGUUCAAGUUCUGCCACUCUCUUGCAGAAAGGUUCCCAGGAGUGCUCCUGCGACUUCAGCCUCAACAAAUUGAGGCUUACAUCCAACUGGGAUUGGCUGGGCUGGCGCUGCAGGAGCGAUUCUCUCUGAAAUCUGCGUCGGACUUCUUUGUGGCUCUCCUUUCCAAAACCCGCAACCCCUCUCCUCUCGAAAACAUCAUGGAACCCUUACUCGACGCCUUCGGGCCAGCUCUUCUCCGAGCUUUGAUCCUCUCGGCAGGGAGUGAAGGGCCGAGAAGUGUGAUUCCCAAUCUAGCCGAGCUGUUGGCCAACCUUGUGACGCGCGUCAGCGCUCAGAAUUUGGCUCCGUGGUUGGACGGGAUUUUGGGUGUUGACGGCUUCCCCGAUGUACGGGCUACUCCAGAGUCGAAGAAGAAGCUCAAAGACGCGGUCUUGAGGUCUCGGACUACUCGAAGAAUGCGAGAAGCUCUGCACGAAUUUGCGCUCGUCGCCCGCGGGCUCGAGGGAACGACUUAUGGUAAUGCUACGGCAAUGUAG